CUCCUCUGUUUCACACUAUAUAAGGCCAGCAGUCCGAGCUCCUGGUACACGCGCUUCAACUUCGGUUGGUGUGUGUCGAAGAAACCUGACUGCGCCCUGAGGAGAGCAGCGGAGAGGGACCACCAGCCUCCGAGGUCCGCUGAGCGGGCUCGGGUCCGGAGCCACUCCGGGCUGCGAGCACCCAGCGGAGCCCACGCCUAGCCAGGUGUGGGACCCCGACAUUCCCGGUCUUCGCAGAGGAGUCCUCGCGUGUAACAAGCGGGUUUUGAAAACCAAGAGGCGAAGGGGAGCAAGAGGGGGCCAGGAUCCAGGCCUCCAUCCCCCCAGGAUUGAAGAGGCACCAGGGAGGACCCCUCCCACCCCACCAGUUGCUAUGGGUCCCGCCGACUGCCCUCCUCCUCCCCCUCCCCCACCCCCCAACAACAAUAACAACAACAACUCCAAGCCCAAGGGCCCCUGCGUGCCCAACAUGACCGAACGCCGGCGGGAUGAGCUCUCUGAAGAGAUCAACAACCUCCGCGAAAAGGUCAUCAGGCAGUCCGAGGAGAACAGCGACCUGCAGAACCAGGUGCAGAAACUCACCGAGGAGAACAGCACUCUCCGUGAGCAAGUGGAACCCCCCGAACCAGAGGAGGAGGAUGAUGAAGAUGACAUUGAGCUGCAAGGUGCCGCCGCAGCCGCCACCCCAGCCACUCCCAUUGAGGAAGAAUGCCCUGAAGACCUUCCCGAGAAGUUUGAUGGCAACCCAGACAUGCUGGCUCCUUUCAUGUCCCAGUGCCAGGUGUUCAUGGAGAAGAGCACCCGCGAUUUCUCCCUUGAUCGUGUCCGUGUCUGUUUCGUGACCAGCAUGAUGACCGGCCGUGCUGCCCGCUGGGCCUCUGCUAAGCUGGAGCGAUCCAAUUACCUGAUGCACAACUACCCUGCCUUUAUGAUGGAGAUGAAGCACGUCUUUGAAGACCCCCAGAGGCGCGAGGCCGCCAAGCGCAAGAUCAGACGUCUGCGCCAGGGCCAGGGAUCUGUGGUCGACUACGCCAAUGCUUUCCAGAUGAUCGCCCAGGACCUGGAUUGGAACGAGCCUGCACUCAUCGACCAGUUCCAUGAGGGUCUCAGUGAGCAGAUUCAGGAAGAGCUGUCCCGUGGGGAGGCACCCAAGACCCUGUCCCAGAUGAUCAACCAGUGCAUCCACAUCGAGAGAAGGCUGGCCAGGGCUGCUGCUGCCCGCAAGCCCCGCUCCCCACCCCGCGCCAUGGUCGCCCCCCAGAUGUCCGGCCACCAGCAGGUGGAUCCCACUGAGCCCGUGGGCGGUGCCCGCAUGCGCUUGACCCAGGAAGAGAAGGAGAGACGCCGCAAGCUGAACCUGUGCCUCUACUGUGGAAACGGAGGGCACUAUGCCGACAACUGUCCUGCCAAGGCCUCCAAGUCCUCACCGGCGGGAAACUCCCCGGCCCCGCUGUAGAGGGACCUUCAGCGACCGGGCCAGAAUUAACAAGGUCCCCACAAGAAGAAGCCUCCUCGACUCCACACUUGCAAGUUAUGCUUCAGAUCCAUCUCCCGGGCAGACACACCCUGUUCGUCCGGGCCAUGAUUGAUUCGGGUGCUUCUGGCAACUUCAUCGAUCAUGAAUACGUUCUCCAGAAUGCAAUUCCCGUGAGGGUGAAGGACUGGCCUAUCCUCGUGGAAGCCAUCGAUGGGCGCCCCAUUGCCUCGGGCCCAGUGGUCCACGAGACACACGAGCUGAUUGUUGACCUGGGAGACCACCGCGAGGUGCUGUCCUUCGACGUGACCCAGUCACCGUUCUUCCCUGUCGUCCUGGGGGUUCGCUGGCUGAGCACACAUGACCCCAACAUCACCUGGAGCACUCGCUCGAUUGUCUUCGACUCCGAAUACUGCCGAUACCGCUGCCGGAUGUACUCCCCGAUACCCCCCUCGCUGCCACCGCCUGCGCCGCAGCAGCCCUCCCUCUAUUACCCGGUGGAUGGAUACAGGAUCUACCAACCCUUGAGGUAUUACUACGUCCAAAACGUGUACACGCCCGUGGAUGAGCACGUCUACCCGGAUCACCGGCUGGUCGAUCCUCACAUCGAAAUGAUCCCCGGGGCCCACAGCAUCCCCAGCGGGCACGUGUACUCACUGUCUGAACCCGAGAUGGCUGCCUUGCGCGACUUUGUGGCGAGAAACGUGAAAGAUGGGCUGAUCACCCCCACCAUCGCCCCCAACGGAGCGCAAGUCCUGCAGGUGAAGAGGGGAUGGAAACUGCAAGUUUCUUACGACUGCCGAGCUCCAAACAACUUCACGAUCCGAAACCAGUACCCUCGCCUGUCCAUUCCAAACUUAGAUGACCAAGCGCACCUGGCCACCUACACCGAAUUUGUCCCACAAGUUCCUGGAUACCAGUCGUACCCAACCUACACCACCUACCCCACCUAUCCUGUGGGAUUUGCGUGGUACCCCGUGGGACGAGACGGCCAAGGAAGAUCUCUCUACGUCCCUGUUAUGAUCACCUGGAAUCCACAUUGGUACCGCCAGCCUCCGGUACCCCAGUACCCGCCCCCGCAGCCUCCGCCGCCACCUCCACCGCCGCCACCACCUCCGUCCUACAGUACCAUGUAAAUACUCGUCGCGCCCUUCACGAUCUCCGCCCUCCACAUUUCUGUGCCGCUUCCCAAACAGUCACUGUGUGCUAACUUGACUGCCUGAGGCACGUCCUCACCGAAAGGCCACCUUGAGCUCGCACACAGACCGAAAGCACCAAAAGUCCGUUUCCCACCUUGACUGCCAACAAAGCACAGGAAAUGAUUUCUGACAGAGGGGGAGGAGGAGGACAUGACCUUUCCUGCAGGUCAGUACUCUCUUUCCAUCACUGGAGGGCCGGCGCCUUAUCAAGGAAGCCACAACCUUUGGUGCAGUAUUGACAGGCUUCCGUGAUCCUCUUGCUGCACCCUUGGAAACUUCACCAUCUUCAAACUCCACUCUCAUGGUUCCGUUACUUUUCAAGGAGCAGCAACUCGACCGGUUCUCCCAGGAGCAGGCAACGAACCACCUCAGCCUGGAAACAGAAGUGCUCUCUUAGACAGACACGUGUGUUAAGAGUGUGCCUUCACAUCCUGGUGCAAAUCACAUGUACCCAAGAACUCUGGUCUUGACACAACAUCUUACCAUCACCAUGCCAGUCAUGGCUUUCACAAAAAGGGUUAAACUUGGCAGCCAGAGGCUUCUGGCCGCUCCAGGUGUGUUAGGUAUCUGUGGAAUGUUAUAACCACCUCUCAAUCAUGCAUGAGGGCUAAAGAGUAGCAAAUCAAAAGGACUACUAAUCUUGUACCCAACUUUUACAAGAGUUCAUUGUUACCAACUUGUCCUGGAACUUGAAGAAUUUCCUCGAGCGAUGUUGAUUGGCUAGAGCGACACCAGCUAACCAAUGAGAAGCACCUACCCAUGUGUCUGCCUCCACAUGCAUCUGGGCAUUCCAUCAUCUGUUCCCUGGGGAGAGUGUAUUGUUCGAAUGUCUUUGAAGAAGAGUUAGAGCACUGGGCAUCUUCGUGAGGAUAUGGGCUUCUAAAGGAUCGGGUCCCUUGCUACUACCUUGAACUGUUUGUCUAACCCCUCUUUUUCUGUUUGAUUCUUUACUACUGCCAUUAACCCUGCUGCAGGAUUUUGUCACCUUCCUGCCUAAUGGCUGAGACUCCAUUUUGCUGCUAUGCACGGAGAUGAAAGAGGCAGGCAAAGCACAGCUUGAGCAGUAGGAAACAUGGUUUCAUUUCAAAUUGCUUGUCAUGAAGAGGAGUCUUAAUGGUGAAGUUUCCUUUUCCCUCAUCACACAUUCAUUACCCCACCCCACCCCAGCCCUUGCAUGUUUACCUAAAGUUUUAGCUGUACUAGUGUCCUUUUUAAUAGUGUUUUAAAGUGCUGACUAGGCUUUCAGGAUCCCCAUUGAAUUACAAAGUACUAUUCAAAUCUUACUAUUAAAUUAAUUAAAAACACAUAGCCUAAGAUAUUUCUAUACUGUGAACUUACAACACUGUGAAUGAAAAGCUCCUCAGAACUGGAGUAUUUAUAAAACCUUAACUUUUAUUAUCAUAAACAAUUCUGUUAAUUGGGCCUUUAAAUUCACAAAAAAAAGGACAAAUUCAAAGAAGAAACCUAAUUGGCUAUUGAUCUUUGUUCAAUGGAAUCAGAAAGCUUGUCAAUCACUCGUGUGUUUUACAGUAAUUACUUUUAAAAUGGUGCAUUUGUGCUUCUGGACUAUUGUGAAGCGUUACUUAAGUUUACCUCAAAUCUCAAUUCCAUCCUUCAUACAUUUGUAUUAUGUGUCAAAUUUACAAUUGUCGAUUGAUUUUCAAGCUGCAGAGUGCCUAGAAGUGGGCCCUUAUCUGCAGCCCUGGCGUGUACACACGGACAUUUGCCACCACUGCAAGCAAAAAUCUGGAGAAGAUGGGUAAUGGCAGACAAGAAGAGCAUGCUGCUAGGGGUUCGCAGCCCACAGACAACGUCCCUGACAUGCAUUGGAGUGUUUACUAAAGCUUGUGAUAGACUUUGGGCAGUGUGUACUAUGCUCUCUCUAUUCCUUAUAUAUUCUAUCUAUAAAUGUUAGGCAUUAAGGAUAAGUAAGCUUAAAUUUAUUCUAUAGUACUGAAAUUUGAUUAAGUUUCCUUUCUCUCCAUUUUUAUUAAAUCAAAUUUAUGUUAACUGGUUCCUUUAAUUUUUUCUUUUGGCAUUUUCAACAAAAAUGCCUUUAUUCAUAAGAAAGGAGAAAGAAGUUUGGAAAGGGAGCAGAAUAGAAACUGGCAAAAUUAAUAUUGACUGUUGGCCCAAAUGUGCAUUCUUCAUAAAUUAAGGAGGAAGAUGAUCUAGGAGUUCCCAUGGCUAGUCAAGUUAGAAGAGAAGUAGCUAAGGUCAUCAUGCUAGGAUGUUGAAACAGGAAAUUUGCAUAUAUAGAUGGUCAGGUUAAUUUGACCAAGGAGGUAUAUGGCUGAGAUAAUAAUUUGAGAGGGGCAUCCUGAUGGUGCAGUUUAGAAUUGUGCUUAAGUUUGCAGGUACCUCUUGGACUCCUGAGCUGACCUGGCUGUCAUCCACCAGACAUCUCACAUCACACCCAGUUUCGAGCUUGGCAACAGGGACCACCCUGCUGGAAGGACCACCUGCAGAAAAGAUGAACCCAGCGGGAACCAUGCUUCAUGUUCACCUGGGGAGAGAACUGAUGGGACUGAAAGUUCUUGAUUGUUUCAGAAUGUAGACACUUGAAUUAGUCUCAAACAUUGCAUUGUUCUUAUUUCUGUUUUUAAGUAAUAGGGGAUAUAUAAUCAUAGGUAUUUUAAGCUGGGAGGGACUAUUAAUCUUAAGUGGGUGGGAUUAUUUAGAAGAUAGGUUAACAUUAGAUCUCUGAGUGGACAUGCGUACUUAUUAUGACCAUUUCCCUAUACUUGUACCUUUAAUCCUAGAGGACACUGCAGGGAGACAACCUUAUGAGAGUGAAUUGGACAUGGACAAAACCCUAGUGAAAGUUCAAAGAUGACUGAUUACUAAUGCUUUAAUAAAGGCCCAAGGAAUUGAUUCCAGGGAUCUGAUUGUGAGCAAAACCUUUAGAGAGUUACUAGAUGAUAGGUACCAUUGAAAAAUUGUUGGUGGAUGGAUUGAUGAUAAAUAUUCAUAAAAGUUACAAGAAAAUGAUGAAUGUUCUUUCCCUGUCAGUAACCCUCCUCCCAAUCACCCCUCCCUAAACCUAUCCCUGCCUACCCUCCCCCCCUCCCAACCCCUACCCUUCCCCCAAACUAUAUUGCUGUAUUAUCUUUACUAUUUCUCUGUAUUUACUAAUGUUGAUGUAAUAAUAAAAAUUCAAUAAAGUUUUAGUGGUUAAG